UUAACACCUUCGGGGAAUACACUGUGUUUUGUUCCUCGGGGCGGUUACGGCGUUUCCAUUCAUCUUCUCGUUUCUGUAAUUACUUCCGAAAUGCACGAGCUUACGUUACAGUAACGUGCCCGCAUCGUGACGGGAGCUCAUGUGUUGGCGCUGCACCGUACACCAUGCACCGCCACCGCCGCCGCUCGCCUUUCUCUCGCAGCCACACCCUCCCAUCUCCAUCUCGCACGCGUGCAGCUGUGCGGGACUGACUGUGCGUGCGUCUCCCUGUCGGGCACCCGCAGCAUCAGCAACACAAAAGGGUCGGAGCUGCCGGAGCGGGGCUUUACCUCAGCGCCGAUCACGAGGAGGAAUCGCGCUCAAAAAAAAAGAGAGAAAGCGACAGGGCAAAUUCCAGCCCUUCAGACGACUCUUUGGGAAGAAGAAGAAGAGGGAGGCGAAGGGGGGCUUUGAUGGAGCAGAGCUAAAGGCGAGUUUCUCGACUGGGGAAGUGUGCAACGGAGUUGUGUCUGAGGAUGAGGAGUCCAAUCAAAAUCUGAGGGAGCUGAAUCCCAUCGGAUCUCGAGCCCUCUCACACGACAGCAUCUUCAUCCCAGAGGAGCCGGCGGCAGAGCCCGGCCUAGAUCACAGCAUGUCCCAGGAAAACGUCUCGGAUAAAGUCAGGAAUCUGCAGAGGCAGAUAGCACAAGGUAUCAAAUUUGGCCAGAGGCCUCCCUCUCUGAGGAAAAGUGAAGGAGAUGAGGGGAGUUCAGAUGAGGAAGAGGUUCCCCGGAGUCCUCUGAAGGUUUUGGCCCAGGUAGAAGCUGAGCCAGCAAACACAGAGCCAAAGCAGGUCCAGGGGGCUCAACAAGCCGGACCACACACCACCCCAGUGAAGUCACCGAGGUCCAAACGAGUUCUUCCGCCCACUGGUACGAUCGAGUCCAUCAAUCUGGACGCUGUUCCACAGUCUGUUCCUCGUUUGGACAACACCGCUGCCAAACAUAAACUGUCCGUCAAACCCAAAAACCAGAGGGUUUCACGCAAACACCGGCGAUUUACACAGGACCUCCGAGAGGUUUCUAUUCCUGGUGUGGUGCGAGAGGACAUCGAGGCAGCAGGCGUCUCCACAGACGAGCAGCGCAGAGCAUCUGUUGAGUCCCUAGAAAGCUUCAAGAAGCAGAGACUCCAUGAGGAGGAGAGACAGGAGACGAGGAGGAGGAGGGAGCUGGAGGAGCAGAGGCUCAAACAGGAGGAAGAGGAAAGGAGGAAGAGAGCAGCAGAGGAACUGAGGCUGCGUGAACUGGAGGAGGAGAGGUGUCGUAAACGGCAGGAGGAGGAGGAACGAAGGCUUAGAGAGGAGGCAGAAAGAAGGAGGAGGGAGGAAGAAGAAAGGAUGUGGCGGGAGGAGGAAGAGCGCAUCCGAAGGGAGGAGGAAGAAAGGAGGAUGCGAGAGGAGCAGGAGCGCCGACAGCGUGAGGAGGAGGAGAGGAGACGACUGGAAGAGCAGAGAAGGAAAAAGGAGGAGGAGGAAGAAGCGAGGAGGCAGCAGGAGCUUGAGGCCGAAAGGAAGAGGAAGCAGAGAGAGGAAGAAGAGGAAAGGAAGAAGAGGGAGGAAGCAGACAGGCUGAGGUUGCAGGAGAUUGAAGAAAAGAAAAAAGCAGAAGCAGAGGAGCAGAGGAGGGCUGAGGAGCUGCGCUGGAGGGAGAUGGAGGAGAGACAGAAGCCUUUCUCUUUCAAAGUUUCAUCUGGGGAAAAACAGAUUUUGUUCCAGAAGGUCAACCUGACGCCUGUUACGCCGGCCUCCAGCCACCAGAGCGGUGCUGUGGCUGAACAAAGAGAGAGCACUAAGGCUUCCUCCUCUGAAGUACCAGACUCCCCCAACCUGCCAACAUCUCCAUAUGUCCCCCACACAGCCAUCCUAGUGACAGGCGCCCAGCUCUGUGGGACAGCUGUCAAUUUAGACCAGAUCAAGGACACCGCCUGCAAGUCUCUGCUGGGUUUGGGAGAGGACAGAAAGGCACAGGGAACACCGCCGACCAAGAGCAAGACUUCCCCGGACCGCAAGUCUGGCAAAACCAAAUCACUCAACGAGUCCGCGCUUUCUACAGACCAAUCCGUCCUGGCAGAAUGGGCGAGCAUCAGAUCGAAGAUAUUCAAGGGGGUAGAAGAGGGGAAAUACGACGAGUACCCUGACCCGAGUAAGACCCACCCUCAGCCCAGCAGCGAGGAGCCGCCUGCGUUCUCCCACACCAACCUCAGGAAGACCAUGUCUGCCAGCGCCAAGUUCUCCAUCACUCCUGCGAAGAAGAAGUUUGGAGAUUCAAACAGGAACUCUGAGGUGUUUGUCACAGAUGAUAAGGACGCAGGAGAGGAAGUUACUCCGUCCGAUAGCCCCACCGCCGCCUCCCCAGCUCCAACCAGUAAACCUCAGAACAGGACGAGUAAAUCCGUCCGCAUCGUAGAAAGAGGGUCAGAGGAGUGUAUGUUUGCCAAAGACCUCCCCUCUUUCCUGGUUCCCAGCCCUGGAGCCAAACCUGAAGGGCUAGAGGUGAAGAGCAGGGCUCAGAGUGAGACGGCGGUGUCUGACAGUAGAGAGGAGGGAGAGGAUCGAGGCCAGGACGGUGAGGACAAGCCCUCGCCUUUUGGCAUAAAGCUGAGGAGGACCAACUACUCCCUCCGCUUUCACGGCGAACAGUCCACUGAGAAACGGAAGAAACGAUACAGUGCCGGGGACAGCUUUGACGGCGUUCCUUCACCUCUCACCCCCAUUGAGCCAGACUCUGACACUUCCUCUGUCUUUUCUGACAAAUCUGCAAGUCCCACAUCGCCUCAGAGAGAAGGCGCGGUGGGCAAGUACCUGCAUGCAGCCGCCUCCCCCGCCAUCCCUCGGGCUAAACCUGCUAAGUCUGCCAGCCCGACUGCACACAGUGAGGCUGACAAAGUGCUCUCCAAGCCUCCGCUCUACCGAAGACCAACCACGUCACCCAAACCCAGUGGAGCAGUGUCCACACCUCCCCCAUCGCCGCUACCUAAAGUGGUCCACGGGCCUCCCAGUGAUGCUGGGAUCCAGAGGACAGGCGCAGCAGAGUCAUCCAGCCAGGAGCCAACAAGCAGGUGCGAGGAACCUUCAGCUGUGGCCCAGUUACACCGGAGCAGCCAGGGUCAGGUCCAAGGGGACGAGGAGCCGAAGGAGAAGAGAUCCUUCUUCCCCUCCAUCAACAUCCCCUGGAGAGAGAAGGCGGACAGAAAGACGGAGCUCAUCAAGAGAGAAAAACCCUCACUACAGAGCAGGCACUCCCUGGACAGUGCAAGGGUCCAGGAGAAGGAGGCUGGGCCCUUAUGGAUCACACUGGCUCUGCAGAAGCAGAAGGGCUUCAGGGAGCAGCAGCAGAACCGAGAGGACCGUCGCAGCCAAAGAGAGGCCAAACUAGCUGAAAAGCAAGCUCGAGACAGAGACAGUGUUACGCUGGUAAGCCCCACAGAGAGCAAAGGAAGCGGGAGCACCAGUCCUUCUUCUAAACCUCAGACUCCAGAGGAGCCCAAGAGACCUGACAGCCUCCUGGGACGAUUUGAGCGCCGAGAGCACCUGAAAAAAUCCAACACUUUACCCAGCUCGGUCACUGUUGAGAUCGCAGACUCGACACCGUCGCCACCUGCUGUCAAGGAGGUGUCAAAGCGCUUCCCCUCCAGUGACUCUCCGCAGGUGUCCACAGAGCCGGCAUGGCUGGCUCUGGCCAAGCGAAAGGCCAAAGCCUGGAGCGACUGUCCUCAGAUCAUCAAAUAACCCCUCCCCCACCCACCCCAGCUUCACUCUGGGCUCAGACCUGCAUCGAGACUGCACACUGCCCACAGACUCUGAAGCACCUGGAGAGUCACCAUCACCCCGUCCCCCCUCUGCCCUCCAUGAAAACCCUCCUGACUGUGAAACAAGUAAAGCCCUCCAUCACCUCGCAACCCCACACACACACUGGCUGGUACUAUUAUCAUGUUAAAGUGCGCUUCACAUCCAAAUAUUCCAAUACGAUCGCACAGAUAUAUGUAAACAAUUGUUGCGCGCAUGCACAUACUGUAUACAAACACACAAAGUAUAAUGUCCCACAGAUAGAAUGAACAUGUCGCAGUCUGGGGGGGCAGCAGCCAAUCACAACCACGGCUGGCCAUCGCAAUAGCCAACCCCGAUUUUGUUUUUUUUAUUUUAUUUUGUAGCCAACUGUGUCACCAUGGUUGUAAAUAAAUCAUUCGCUCAACACAAUAAAAGGUGUCUUUAGUAGAGAGGUGAAGCUCUGACAUGUGACAGUGUUUAAUCAACAGAGGGUAACUGUCUGAAUCGUGUUUUAAGGGCUACCAGUAACAAUAACUCGACAUGACCCUGUUGAAUCUGCAUCUGAUGGAAGUGUUACAUGCGUUGGUAUUAUUUAUGUGAAGAAUACUGUAUCUCCUCUGAGCCUUGUUUGUCAUGUACAAAAGAAGCCUUUUUUUUUUUUUUACUCAUACUCACAACCUUAGCAUAACACUUCUCACUGUGUCCGUGAUGACUGUGAUAGCUGUCAAACAGGCUAUUGUACAAUUUUUGCCAUUUUAAAGUAACCUAGAAUCUGUCAUGAUCACACGGUGGGUGCACCUAAACACAGCACUGAAGACCACAAGUGUUACUGGGCAUUUACAGUGAGCCACACAUUACCCUCACAGCUGUGUGACGACGUGACUUGGAUUUUUUCUUCUUGCUUAUGGAGACAGACACAACACCUGCUUGCUGUAACAUACAAUUCUCGUAGCCGUCCUCCCGUAACACACUUGUGUUUGUAGGCUUACGCCAUCACUUCCUCGUAAAUGUGAUAUGAUCUUACAUAAUGAUGUAAGCAUUUCCUCUGUGAAUGGAGGAAAAAAGAAGCCCUCAAGCAUUCUCAUUUCCUGCCACUCAACUUAACGAUCUGUAUGUAUGUAAGUAUGUACUGUAUGGAAGUGGAAGGUGUCACCGGAGCUUCGUUCAGAAGGAGUCACUUUGUCAUUUUGUUUCUAACGUUGGUCGUGCACAAUAGUGUAGUGUACGCAGUGUUAUAUGUAACAAGAAAAAAAUGUUUGGUAUUAUUUGCACUUUUUUUGUCCCACUUAGAGAUAUUCAUGAGAAAAUUCUUAAAGAGACACAAAAUGUUAUGAAUAAUGUAAAUUAAAUACUGAUGUCUGAA